AUGGAGGAUCAGGUGGUACUGGGAUAUGCUGCUGCUAUUGGAGCUGUCUUCUUUUUUGGGACGUGCUACGUGCCAGCAAAGACGUACGCGACCUACGAUGGUAUUAUUUUCCAGUGGUUUAUGUGCUCGGGUAUCUUAAUGGUAGGCAUCGCAUGGGGUCUCAUGAGCAACAAUUGGGCGCAGUUUUCCCACUCAGGCAUGUUUACAUUUCCAGAAGGACUACUAGGCGGAUCUUUGUUUGCUAUUGCAAACUUGCUGAUCCCUACGGUGGUCAACACGCUCGGGUUGGGCGUGGGCUUUAUGCUCUGGAACGCUACGAACAUUACGCUGGGCUACUGCGUCUCUAGACUUGGACUCUUUGGUAUGGCACCCACCAUCCCAUCCAUGCCUUGGAUCAGUCUGUUGGGCAUCGCCUUCAUGCUGGCGUCCAUCGCGGUCUACGGCACCAUCAAGCCGACGCUGAAAGCAGCAAAGAAGGCCAAGAAAGUCAAAAGCCACAAAAUUGUAGAGGACGGGGAUGUGCAGGAAUCUGACCAUAAGGUGCAUUGGGAAAGCGUUGACAGCAACAAUAGCUUGAACAGCUCUGUUGGAGAAAGCUCGCCGUUGCUGCCACAAUUCUCGCAUGACGCGGAUCUUGCGGAUGUGUCUUUGGUUCGACGUGAGUCACUUCAUGAAGCACUCAUGCAUCCGGAGCUGCCAAAUUUUGGGCCAUACAUGAUGCCGAACGAAUUGGGGGAACGCGUGGCAUUAAUGAACGCGGGCGCUGAGAAAACGCGCAAGGUUUUUGGUAUGGCGGUUGCACUGCUAGUGGGCGCUUUUUUUGAGCUGCUGCCUUGUGCCUGUUUGGGUAUCUACUUGACCAGCACCAUCAUUUUCCUGCUCUACUCACUCUUCCACCGAUUCGUGCUGAAGCGUUCGAUGCCUCGAAGUGUGAUGCGCCCAGCUUACAUCUGCGGUGUGCUGUGGGGAAUUGGACUGUGUGGCCAGCUGUACGCUAUUGGUGCAUUAGGUUUUGACCAGAUCUUUCCUAUCUGCUCUAUCGGCCCCGCCAUGGUCUCAAUGCUCUGGUCAGCUGGCUAUUUCAAAGAAAUUCAAGGCAAGAAAAACCUCUACACGUUGGCGCUAGGCACGGUCUUGGUUCUCAUUGGCACGGGACUGCGCGCUAUCUCUGUGUAA